GAAGCUAAUUGUUUGGGUUAAAACCCGGUUUCUCGUUUAAUUAUAAACUAUAACUUCAACGAGCCGCGAUUGCAAGCGCCGACGAAAUACGUAUGUAUUUAGUGAGAUUCACUCGGUCGCCCAUCCAAAGAGCUCUGCGAACACUGACGACGAGUAAACCGAUGGCGGCCACAAUAGCCUCCGCCAAGGAUCCCCUGACAGGCCCUCGCUACGAGCGGGAACCGAAUGUGCUGAAGAAGAAACUGGCCUCCGUGGUGCCGGGCACCGUGAACCUCCAGGUCCUAGGCUCCGGCGCCAAUGGAGCCCCUGCCGCUGUCUACUUGUUCACGGAUCAGGCGCGUUACUUGUUCAAUUGCGGCGAAGGAACCCAGAGAUUGGCCCACGAGCACAAGACCCGACUCUCCCGGCUGGAACAGAUCUUUCUCACCCAAAACACCUGGGCAUCCGCAGGAGGAUUACCCGGUCUCACGCUGACCAUUCAGGAUGCCGGAGUGCGCGAUCUGGGACUCCAUGGACCACCUCAUCUGGGCUCCAUGUUGCAAUCAAUGAGACGCUUUGUGGUGCUGAAGAACCUGCAGGUGCGGCCCAUCGACUGCUCCGAGGGCGCCUCCUUCGAGGAUUCGAUUCUCAAGGUGGACUCCCUGCCGCUGAUUAGCUCAGCAGAUUCAACGAGGAGUGUAAUCAAUUACAUUUGUCAGCUGAAACCGCGUGCUGGAGCUCUAAACCUGGUCAAGUGUGUGGAGAAGGGUGUGCCUCGAGGACCUCUUCUGGGAGAGCUCAAGAACGGAAAGGAUAUCACUUUGCCCGAUGGAACAGUGGUGCGUUCAGCUGACGUCUCCGAGCCCAGUGAAACUGCUCUCUCCUUUGUUUUUCUGGAUGUUCCCUCUGAGGACUAUCUACCGGGACUCCUCACACAUGGCAAAAGGCUCAAGCAGUUGGGCGAAGAGAAGCUAACCGAAGUGGCCCUGGUGGUGCACUUCACGCCUUAUCAAAUGGCCUCUCGACAGGAGUACAAGGAUUUCAUAGAGGAGAACUUCACGCCUGACACCCAGCACAUCCAUUUGAGCUCUCCGUUAAACCAAUUCUCUGGCUAUGCAGCUGCCCAUCGUAUCCAACACCAAUUGCACCAACUGGCCCCGCAGGUGUUCCCACUGCUGGGCGAGCAGCUACCGUGUCAGAGUCAGAGCCUUAGCCUCAACCUGAAGAAAACCAAGUUGAAUGAGUCCGAUGUUGAGGAUAACGCGAAUGCUAAGGACUUCGAGGAAGAGGAACAGGGUGUGGUAGCCAUGACCAACUUUCAUCUGAGGCCAAGAAAGGGUCUGGAUCGUACCCUGGAGUCCAAGCUCACGCCGGAGGAGUACGUUAAGGAAACCCACGCCGUGCCCGGCUUUACAGAGCUCUUGGCCAAGUAUAAGGAAGAUUAUAGUUUCCCCAACAACUCGGCCGACAGCUUUCCAAAGAUAAUUUUCCUGGGCACUGGCUCCUGCAUUCCCAACAAGACACGCAACGUUAGCUCCAUUCUGAUAAAGACGGCGAUCGAUGCCUACGUAUUGUUGGAUUGUGGAGAAGGCACAUACGGUCAGAUAGUGCGGCUUUAUGGACGCGACCAGGCGCAGCAGGUUCUUCGACAAUUGCAGGCUAUUUAUGUGUCACAUUUGCAUGCCGAUCACCACAUUGGAUUAAUUGGUCUGCUCCGGGAAAGAAGGCAACUGGAACCCAAACCUGAGCCGCUGAUUUUGCUGGCUCCUCGGCAAAUUGAACCCUGGCUGGACUUUUACAAUCGGCAGAUAGAAACGAUUGAGGAUGCUUAUACUCUAGUGGGCAACGGCGAACUUCUGGCAAGUCCCCUAGCCGGAGAGAAAGUUGAACCUCUGGGAAUCACAUCCAUAUCCACCUGCCUGGUAAGGCACUGCCCGAACUCAUUCGGAAUAAGCCUCACUCUGGCAGCUAAGCACAAAAACGAGCCCGUGAAGAUUACCUAUAGUGGUGAUACCAUGCCCUGCCAGGAUCUACUCGAUCUGGGCCGCGACUCCACAGUGCUUAUUCACGAGGCCACCAUGGAGGACGAUCUGGAGGAGGAGGCUAAGUUGAAGACGCACAGCACCGUGUCGCAGGCUAUUCAGCAAGGGCGAAAUAUGGAUGCUCGCCACACGAUUCUCACCCACUUUUCGCAGCGUUAUGCGAAAUGCCCGCGAUUGCCGAGUGACGAAGAUAUGCAACGAGUGGCUAUAGCCUUUGACAAUAUGGAAGUGACCCUGGAGGAUUUGCAGCAUUACCACAAGCUCUACCCCGCUCUCCUGGCCAUGUACGCCGAAUAUACGGAAGAAUUAGAGCAACGGGCGGUUAAACGCGAGUUGAAACAGGAACGAAAGCGCAAAUUGGCAGAAACGUGAUCGCGACUGAUUCCACGGAGAUGCAGGAUUAUUUAUUCAAUCAGCUACUGUUAAACUAAUAUUAGGGAUGAGUUGUAAAUGUUAAGUUGUGUAGCUAUGCUUUGGACUCAUGAAAUGUACACAGAAGCAAAGCGAGAAUAUAUAGAUUUUAUAUAUUUGUUAAUACAUGCCAUAUUUGCAUACCACUAUGCAUUUAAGCGGUAGCCUUUAUAUGGAAUUUUAUUUUUUAAUAAGGACUUUUUUGGUCAACUACUCAAUAUUUUGGUGUUUAUACUUUUUAUUCCCCCGCAAGUCCAAUAAAAUAUACAAUCCUCGAA